GGAUUGUGUUUCAUCAUGGAAAUUUUGAGCAUCAGGCAGGCUGCUCGCUGCUGCUGGCUGGCUAACCUCAAGAGUUCUGAGUCCCAGGGACUGUGUUUGCUCCGCCCUGGACCCCAGCACCCCAGCACCCCAGCACCCCGCCGGGGCCUGCUGGGCCUGCAGGACGAGGGGAGAAGGGAGGGUGUCGGCGGACAAGUGAUUAUGUGCUGUGAGUGGCUGAGAUGCUGUGGCGGAGGGGAGCCCAGGCCCCGCACGGUCUGGUUGGGGCACCCCGAGAAGAGGGACCAGAGGUACCCCCGAAAUGUCAUCAACAAUCAGAAGUACAACUUCUUCACCUUUCUUCCUGGGGUGCUGUUUAACCAGUUCAAGUACUUUUUCAACCUCUACUUCUUGCUUCUCGCCUGCUCCCAGUUUGUGCCUGAGAUGAGACUGGGCGCGCUCUACACCUACUGGGUUCCCCUGGGCUUCGUGCUGGCUGUCACCAUCAUCCGAGAGGCCGUGGAGGAGAUCCGCUGUUACCUGCGGGACAAGGAAGUCAACUCCCAGAUCUACAGCCGGCUCACAGCGAGAGGGACCGUGAAGGUGAAGAGCGCCAGCAUCCAAGUCGGAGAUCUGAUCAUCGUGGAAAAGAACCAGCGGGUGCCCGCUGACAUGAUCUUCCUGAGGACAUCAGAAAAAAACGGGUCUUGCUUUCUGCGGACGGACCAGCUGGAUGGGGAGACGGACUGGAAGCUGCGGCUCCCGGUGGCCUGCACACAGAGGCUCCCCACGGCCGCUGAUCUGCUUCAGAUUCGAUCGUACAUCUACGCAGAGGAGCCGAACAUCGACAUCCACAAUUUUGUGGGGACGUUCACCAGGGAGGACAGCGACCCGCCCAUCAGCGAGAGCCUGAGCAUCGAGAACGCGCUCUGGGCCGGCACCGUCAUCGCGUCAGGGACCGUCGUGGGCGUCGUUCUGUACACGGGCAGAGAGCUGCGGAGCGUCAUGAACACCUCGAACCCCCGGAGCAAGAUUGGCCUGUUCGACCUGGAAGUGAACUGCCUCACGAAGAUCCUCUUCGGCGCUCUGGUGGUGGUGUCCCUGGUCAUGGUGGCGCUGCAGCACUUCGCCGGCCGCUGGUACCUGCAGAUCAUCCGCUUCCUCCUCCUGUUCUCCAACAUCAUCCCCAUCAGUUUGCGCGUGAACCUGGACAUGGGCAAGAUCGUGUACAGCUGGGUGAUCCGGAGGGAUUCAAAAAUCCCGGGGACGGUGGUUCGGUCCAGCACGAUCCCCGAGCAGCUGGGGCGGAUCUCGUACCUGCUCACCGACAAGACAGGAACCCUGACCCAGAACGAGAUGGUGUUCAAGCGGCUGCACCUGGGCACCGUGGCCUACGGCCUGGACUCCAUGGACGAGGUGCAGAGCCACAUCUUCAGCGUGUACACCCAGCAACCCCAGGACCCGCCGGCUCAGAAGGGCCCCACGAUCACCACCAAGGUGCGGCGGACCAUGAGCAGCCGCGUGCACGAAGCCGUGAAGGCCAUCGCGCUCUGCCACAACGUGACGCCCGUGUACGAGUCCAACGGCGUGACCGACCAGGCCGAGGCCGAGAAGCAGUACGAGGACUCGUGCCGCGUGUACCAGGCCUCCAGCCCGGACGAGGUGGCCCUGGUUCAGUGGACCGAAAGCGUGGGCCUAACCCUGGUGGGCCGAGACCAGUCUUCCAUGCAGCUGAGGACCCCUGGCGACCAGAUCCUGAACUUCACCAUCUUGCAGAUCUUCCCCUUCACCUACGAGAGCAAGCGCAUGGGCAUCAUCGUGCGGGAUGAAUCGACAGGAGAAAUCACGUUCUACAUCAAGGGCGCCGACGUGGUCAUGGCCGGCAUCGUGCAGUACAACGACUGGCUGGAGGAGGAGUGUGGGAACAUGGCCCGAGAGGGGCUGCGGGUGCUCGUGGUGGCCAAGAAGUCUCUAGCCGAGGAGCAGUACCAAGACUUUGAAGCCCGCUACGUCCAGGCCAAGCUGAGCGUGCACGACCGCUCCCUCAAAGUGGCCACCGUGAUCGAGAGCCUGGAGAUGGAGAUGGAGCUGCUGUGCCUGACGGGGGUGGAGGACCAGCUGCAGGCGGACGUGCGGCCCACCCUGGAGACGCUGCGGAAUGCCGGCAUCAAGGUCUGGAUGCUGACAGGGGACAAGCUGGAGACGGCCACGUGCACGGCGAAGAACGCACAUCUGGUGACCAGAAACCAGGACAUCCACGUGUUCCGGCUGGUGACCAACCGUGGCGAGGCGCACCUCGAGCUGAACGCCUUCCGCAGGAAACAUGACUGCGCCCUGGUCAUCUCUGGGGACUCCCUGGAGGUCUGCCUCAAGUACUAUGAGUACGAGUUCAUGGAGCUGGCCUGCCAGUGCCCGGCCGUGGUCUGCUGCCGCUGCGCCCCCACCCAGAAGGCCCAGAUCGUGCGGCUGCUGCAGGAGCGCACUGGCAAGCUCACCUGUGCAGUGGGCGACGGCGGCAACGACGUCAGCAUGAUCCAGGAAUCGGACUGCGGCGUGGGCGUCGAGGGGAAGGAAGGAAAGCAGGCCUCGCUGGCGGCGGACUUCUCCAUCACGCAGUUCAAGCACCUCGGCCGGCUGCUCAUGGUGCACGGGCGCAACAGCUACAAGCGGUCCGCCGCCCUCAGUCAGUUCGUCAUCCACCGGAGCCUGUGCAUCAGCACCAUGCAGGCCGUCUUUUCCUCGGUGUUCUACUUCGCCUCCGUCCCCCUGUACCAAGGGUUCCUCAUCAUCGGGUACUCCACCAUCUACACCAUGUUCCCUGUCUUCUCGCUGGUCUUGGACAAAGACGUCAAGUCGGAGGUCGCCAUGCUGUAUCCCGAGCUCUACAAGGAUCUCCUCAAGGGGCGGCCGUUGUCCUACAAGACGUUCCUGAUAUGGGUUUUGAUCAGCAUCUAUCAAGGCAGCACCAUCAUGUACGGCGCGCUGCUGCUGUUCGAGUCGGAGUUCGUCCACAUCGUGGCGAUCUCCUUCACGUCGCUGAUCCUCACCGAGCUGCUGAUGGUGGCCCUGACCAUCCAGACCUGGCACUGGCUCAUGACCGUGGCCGAGCUGCUCAGCCUGGCCUGCUACAUCGCCUCCCUGGUGUUCCUGCACGAGUUCAUCGACGUGUACUUCAUCGCCUCCCUGUCCUUCCUGUGGAAAGUGUCUGUGAUCACCCUGGUCAGCUGCCUCCCCCUCUACAUCCUCAAGUAUCUGCGCAGGCGGUUCUCGCCCCCCAGCUACUCCAAGCUCACGUCGUAGGCGGCGCGCUCGCUGGAGGGGCGCUGGCCCCUGCUCUCCUGACGGACAGACGGACAGAGUGCGAGUUCCGUGUCUCGGAACCGCCGCCGAGGACUUGGCCGGAGCUGCGGACGCGUGCCGUGGGGACGCGGCGAGGCUCCGCCCGGAGUCCUGCACGGACGGACGGGACCGGAGGGCGGCUCCGGAGGGGCCGGCGCAGGCCCGGCGGAGUGAACGUGACUUCGUCCUUCCGGGCGGCCCGGCCAGGAGACUUCUCUGUGGGUCGCGUGCCAGCUCCCUUAUGACUUGAAUUUUGUUGUCCUGUGAUAAAAGUUUCUGUCUAGUCGAAGAUUGUAGAGGAUUUUUGGGUUUGCUUUUCUCCCCCCCCCCCCCCCCCGAACUGUCCUAACGUUUGUUGUACUCUCGACGUCUGUCUCGCUCCU